AUGGCAGAGAAUCCACUGGACAGUACCAAUGGCCUGCAGCAGGUAGAGAACAUUCCUAGAGUGGGUGUCACUGAUGCUGAGCGAGAACUUGCCAACAGUGCUCAUGUUGAGUUUGAAAGUAAACAGUUUGAUAGGUAAAACCAUAGUCAUGUAAUAUUUAUUUUGUGGUUUACUUCUUCAGAUUUACAUUUAUUUGCCCCUUGACCUUUAUGGCACCUUAUUCCCAAACUACUUGCCCUGCCUUAAGUACAUGUAGAGGCUGUGAGGCUGUUAAAGCAAAACAUAGCUUUCAUAUUAUUAAGUGACCAGUUGAAGUCAAUUGCAAGCAUGCCUAUCCCCCUUGGCAUUUGUAAACUUGUUGGUCCCGGCGGUGGGGAAUUUGUCAAUUCUCCUACAAGUGGGUAAUAAUAUUGUAGUUCCUUUUUCACUAUUUCAUUUAAAAACAUGCCUGUUUAGAUAGCUAUAGUUAUUUCUGUAAAGAAUAUUUUUGAUAAAGUAUGCUUUAAAAAGAUAUUGUGUGGUGUUGGAAUGUAGAUACCACAACACUAUUCCCUCACUUCAGAUUGUUUAAUUAAAAGUCACAGUCAAAAAAGUCACAUCUAUAUGCUGAUCUAGUCUCAAGUGAAUUGAAGAAUCUAUAUUAAAUACAUAAAUUGUUGAAAAAUCUAAAGUUACAGAUCAUUUUUGUGUCUCUUACUGCCUCAGGCAGUUAGCCAUAAUGUUGUCGCGUUGAGUGAGGAUAACAAUAGAAUCCGAGACCACUGACAAACUCUGCCUAAAUCUAUCCAAUAUUUCCCGAUCUUAGCCCCUUUUUGUUUCGGAACAUCAUCAGUUGUUCAAUGUUUGUCAAGGAUAUCUUCGAAUUGCUUCGAAUGUUACUCGGAAUUUGCACAUGAUCGCACAAGAAAUCUCCGAUUUGCCAUGUGCUCUCCAUUGACACUGUCGCCUGAAAGGUGAGUUCUUGUUUAAAAAAGACAAUUGUCUAUUUUCAGGCCUUGAAGUUCUAUCAUCUGUUCGUGAACGCUGUCAAUCUGUUGCUCCAGGGCUUUUUGCAAUGGCUCUGCUGUCUUCAACUCACUUUUUCCCUUUGACUCUGGGUACGUCCUCUUGCAUAAAUUUCAACAGGCGUAAUUUAGAGUAGACUACUUGCAGUCCACCUUUUCUCUUAAAAUCCGUCUUGUUUUUAUCUCAUCCAGCGCGAUUGCAAACUACGAUGUGCUUUAAGUUUCAUGUACAGUAACUUUUCAAAGAANAAAAAAGUCACAUCUAUAUGCUGAUCUAGUCUCAAGUGAAUUGAAGAAUCUAUAUUAAAUACAUAAAUUGUUGAAAAAUCUAAAGUUACAGAUCAUUUUUGUGUCUCUUACUGCCUCAGGCAGUUAGCCAUAAUGUUGUCGCGUUGAGUGAGGAUAACAAUAGAAUCCGAGACCACUGACAAACUCUGCCUAAAUCUAUCCAAUAUUUCCCGAUCUUAGCCCCUUUUUGUUUCGGAACAUCAUCAGUUGUUCAAUGUUUGUCAAGGAUAUCUUCGAAUUGCUUCGAAUGUUACUCGGAAUUUGCACAUGAUCGCACAAGAAAUCUCCGAUUUGCCAUGUGCUCUCCAUUGACACUGUCGCCUGAAAGGUGAGUUCUUGUUUAAAAAAGACAAUUGUCUAUUUUCAGGCCUUGAAGUUCUAUCAUCUGUUCGUGAACGCUGUCAAUCUGUUGCUCCAGGGCUUUUUGCAAUGGCUCUGCUGUCUUCAACUCACUUUUUCCCUUUGACUCUGGGUACGUCCUCUUGCAUAAAUUUCAACAGGCGUAAUUUAGAGUAGACUACUUGCAGUCCACCUUUUCUCUUAAAAUCCGUCUUGUUUUUAUCUCAUCCAGCGCGAUUGCAAACUACGAUGUGCUUUAAGUUUCAUGUACAGUAACUUUUCAAAGAAAAAUAAGAUACUGCUCUCAGUCUAAAUUUAGAGUCGAUCUUUUAAAAAGCUUGUUCAACCGAGUUCCGUCAUGUGGUUUACAAACAUGGUCUAUUUGCUGCGUUGUAUUAUUCUCGUGCAACUGAACUCCACGUUACAAUUUCCUUGAGAAUCAGUCCUGGCGAUGUCACCACUUUUUGUCGGGAAUCAGUGACACCGACACUCACUCGUUGUAAACAGUUCAAUCUCGCUCACUCACACCCCGAUCUUGGUUCCCCAUGAUAACAAAACAUGUAUUCUUUUUUAAAAAACUAUGUCAAAUGUCGGAUUGUUCAAAGUUCAACAACUAAUCCUAGAUAAAACUGUCAACACCGGAAGAUAAGUUACAACGUGUAACGCACGUCACGACACAUAGAUGAUUUACAUAUAAUACAAACCUUAAAGUAUGAAAUACACUAUAUUAUUACAGGCAACCUACAUAAAAACUUUAAUAAUGUUGCAUUUGACUCAACUCUUUGUUUUCUGACUUAUCUGGUUAUAGUAUGUGAAGCGGGACAUGUACCCCUGUAUCACUAUGUCGCACUUGCAGACUGCAUACCAACAGUUUUUUGGCUAUUUGUUGUACUCUGGUUUCCUUGUGGUUAAUUCCAUUUUGAUUUAAUACCUCUCAUACUACUUUAGUCUCUGCUUGGCUUCAGCUGUGCUGACUGUCAUGAUGUCACAUGGCCAUUGUUCUACAUGUACUAGCCACUUGGGUCCUUUCCACCACAACUCCACCCCUUCCACGCUUCCACCAUGACUUGCAAAGUUGACAGGGUUCUCCUCACUGGUCACAUGACGACACUUUAUUUCAGAGUACUCUUGAAUUUUCCUGACACAAUUUCCAACGAGCUGCUUGUAUUCACUUGUGCCUUUAUCCAGUGUAAGGCGAAGGUGCCAUCAAGUCAGCAGUGAAGCUCACCAAUUAGGCAUCCCUUUGGGGCAUCUCUUGUAUUCGUAAUUGUGGGCGACAAAAGGAGCCUGCAGCCUAUUCUUGGUCAGCGGCACUCUAUAAACUACAAUCGGCGACAAAAUUGUUGAGACAUUGUACUUAAAUAGGGUGACUUCGGAGAACAAAAGAAUCUGCACCCCUCCCCUGUCCCCUCCAUUCAAAGUUGGGGUGUUUGUUGUUUUCUAUAGGUAGCUAGAACAAGGGCACAACAUUGCAUGGAGGGGAUGGGGGAGGAAAGCUAUAAUUAUUUCCUCCUUUUGAAGUUCAUAAAACGUAAAAAAGCCCACUUUUGGGCGAAGUGUCUCAACUCAUUUUGUCGCCGAUUGUAGGUAGGUACCAGGUACCCUGGUACUGUACUUAGGGACGGUUCAUUAUUUAUGGGAAUGACCGGGUCGGGAAAAAACCGAACGGGCUUUGGAAAUUUUUCUUGCCGUGGCGACGGGCUUUGUGUUUUUUUCUUGAACAAAGAGACAAGGCUUUAAAAAAAAUCAACAUAAACUAAAACUGUGGUAGAAACGCGGCAGUCGUUUGAUGAGAACAACACAUGGAAACUGUAUUCGUCGUUGAAAAUUCACGCGGUAAAUUGUCGUACUUUCAUAUCAAAGAAAUAUUGCUACAAUAUUUUUGGUAAUGCAGGGAUAUACCCGCAAGAAAAAGCUCGCGUUUUGCGAUCAAACACUCGAGAAUUUUGACAGGCCACGGAAUGACACAAAUGUACUUUGUGAGCUGCUCUUUUAUAGUUGUUUAUAUUCCUUGACAUUUCAGAGCUUGUAAUCAAAUUAGAAUUUCAAAUGAUGCAUGGACAAGGAUUUUACUCAAAGUGAACUCCAACGGUUGGAAUAUUAAAUCUUCGGACUCCGCCAGACUGUACACAAAAAAACAAGAUGUUUUGAUCGAGGAUCUCAAGUUGCAACUCCUACUGAAUUGAAAAUAUUUUUUCUGCACGCACUACAGUGUUCUCCUUGCUGAAAAAAAUGAAGGUGACAACUUUUUUUUCAACAAAAGUAAUCUUAAGGAAUACCAAUCUGCGACUCAGAAUAAGAAAUCGUGUGUCCCUGGAAGUGCGUACAUUAAAAAAAUUCUACGAUUCAUCGAUUCCCAUUACAAAAUUGGUGAGCUCUUUAUGGAGUACUUGUACGGUGACUGUUCUACAGCCAUCACUGAACGUUGUUCAUUUUGUUCUAACAAAGGAUGGACAAGUCCAGUGCCCAUGAAACGUAUUCCCCAGCCUGUGCCAGAUCCUGAAAAUCCUACCCAUUUUAAAUCGGUCAAUGACACACCAACUACCACAGAAAACGGGCAGCCUUGAGUGCCCGAUGAUUUUCAGCCACGUGCAAACAUAAAGAAAAUGUUUAGUGACGGCAUGUUAACAACGGAAGAAGAGCUCCAGCAGUUUUCGGAGAAAUUAGCCGUGGAGCCGCACUUGAUCAAGGCAUACAUUGCCCAUUUAGAAGAUCUUAAAAUACAAAGUGGCAUUAGAACAAGGGGGCGCGCAGAACAAAAGCGUAAAAUGAACGUAAAUGAUGUCCAAAACGUUUGAAGAAUAUGCCUGGCGCGACCUCGUAGAGUCUGGAGAUUUAAAAAAUUGCUUGUAUCUGAGCUGAAUAAAUACCUUAAACAUUACAAACUCGUAUGCAGCGGCGCCAAAGCUGAAAAGAUACUGAGAGUCUCGUUGCAUGUGCUUCUCGGAAACCAUGGUCAACAGGAAGAUACGAAUGAAUUUACUGACGAGGAGACGAAGGAAUGUGGAACGGAAGAUGACAACGAGGAAAUUGACAUCUCAGGGGACGAUGAAAGUGAGGAGGAUAUUGUCCUUGCAGAAUUGUUAAGUGGGCCUGACUCAGACCAAGACACGAUCGCGACUUCAUCACGCGAACGGGAACGUUAUAGCAUCGAUGAAAGUGAAAAGAUAUGGUUUGUCUUUCAAAGCGAUUCAGAUGAAGAGGAAUUUUAUGGUUUUGAUUGAGUUUGCAAACAGUUGACUUUUUAAAAAAUUAAUUCGGGCGCUAUAACAGAACCUAAUAUGAAACACCACAGUAUAAAUUGUAUAAAUCCGUUUCAUUUUUUCAUGCCCUGUGGACAUUAGUUACCAGUCUUCCCAUGUCUUGCUGCUGCAACAGAGACCUGGAACAAAGUUUUGAAUGUCCUCGUGAACGUCUCGCGAACGUGUUUAAAAACAUGUUUGUGGAAACUUAUUCCUUUAACAAAACGUCGAAAACUUUCAAGGGAAACGUUACUCCACAAGAAGUUCUCUUUGGAGAGGUUGGAAAACUCCAAACGCCUCUUGCAAGUCAUUUAAUACGAACAGUUAUAUAUUCGUGUUCAAAGAUAUAUUUAGGACUUUUUCACUUAUUUGGCAAACGAUGAAAUGCCUCAAGCUGGAUGGCAUUUGUUAACGUGCACUUUUCACAGAUGUUAAUAAAUUAUCGUUUGUAAUCGCUCAACUCCUUUGAUAGAUAGCCGUUUGCUGACUCGAACGGCAAACAGUUGUGUAUUUGAUCUGAACAUGCACUAGUUGCUCUAGUCGUAAAUAAACAUUGAAUGAUUUUCACAAGGUACUCACUUCAAUUUGAACGGGCUUUGAAAAAUUUGACCCCAAAUACUGAACGGGCUACGAAAAAACAAAAUGCCUUUUGGGCGGGCUUUAGAAAGAAAGAGGAAAGCUAUUAUUUUUUUCCCGACCCGGUCAUCCUCAUAAAUAAUGAACCGUCCCUUAAUGAGAGACUUUUGAUUCGCUUUGCUGGCCUGGAAUCUUUUGACCCAGGAAAAUGAAAGCAGAGCCUGAUCUCAGCUUUGUGUGGGACAAGUUUUUGGUAAGAUACAAGUGUUAGCAAAGUGGGACUGGCAUCGAGACAUGGCGGCGUGAAGUGCUCUCUCAUCUCCGCUCGCACAAAAACCUUGUUAAACUACGUGACUAAAAGGAGAAACAGAUCCUCGGAUAGUUCUGCAGAUAAUUUUGAAGUUUUAGCAAUGAACCUUGAACAUGCCGGCGAUGUGAACAAGGAGGAUAGUGACAUUGUUUUAACUGGGCUUGAACUGACAGACGACCUAAGUGGGAUUCUUAAAGGUAUUCUGAAAAAGUUGAACAAGCUGGACACAAUUGAAAGAGCAAUUAAAAAGAUUGAAGGCAGCUUGGUCAAAUUAGAAGAAAGAACGACGAAGCUCGAAGCUUUGGAUUGCAAAGAGAUCCUCGCCUUGGGAUCUUGUCUUAAAGGUACCAACUUUCAGAUGUUUAGGGACCUCCCGCAAGAAUUGGUGACAAGAAGAAGUAAUCUUAAAAGAAGAACUCGAGAAAAUAAUUGA